UCGCCCUGGAUAAGGGCGUCUGCUAAGAAAUAAAUAAUAAUAAUGAAUUACUGUAUUUCAGCUCAUGCUUUUAGCUUUUCUUUGCUCUUGUUAGAACUACCACAUGAACCAGAGACAGCACCAGCCCCCAAACAACCAUGGGAAACAAGUCUUUACUCCAUUUACAGUAAAGAAUUGCACGUGUUUGCCAGUCAUGAGAUCACAAUCAUAGAGACACCUGACUCCUACGGUGGCGUUGUGUGGCCUGGGGCACUGGCUUUGUGUCAGUUUCUGGAAAACAACCAGCACCAGUUUAAUCUCCGAGACAAAGCGGUCCUGGAAAUAGGAGCUGGAACAGGAUUGCUCUCCAUAGUGGCUUGCUUGCUUGGUGCCUGGGUCACAGCUACUGAUCUGCCUGGUGUACUUGGAAAUCUAAGAAUGAAUUUGAAUAGGAACACCAGAGGAAAGUGUAGAUAUCUUCCCCAAGUGGCUGAGUUAGAAUGGGGGAGUAAUCUGGAAGAAGCCUACCCCAAAUCUGUUUACCGAUACGAAGUUGUUCUUGCAGCCGAUGUUGUAUACCAUCACAACUGCCUGGAUGAGCUGCUCAUCACAAUGGAGCAUUUCUGCCAGCCAGGCACAGUGCUUCUGUGGUCAAACAAAUACCGGUUUACGACAGACCACAAAUUUGCUGAGAUGUUUCAUAACACUUUUCACACCACUCUUCUUGCAGAGUUCCCAGAUACAGAGGUGAAGAUCUAUAUGGCGACGAUAAAAGACAAGCAAUAAAAACUAAAAAUACCAAUGGCAGUUUAACAGUUAGUUGCCUUGACAGCUGGGGGUUCUUAUACCUAUAUCUGGCUUGCCUGUUACAUUUAGAUUAAAAAAUAAAGCUUCUAUGGCUUGUAAAUGUUGUUACUGUUUAUAGCUGGCUCCAUGGACUUCUGGUAAUUGUAACAGAAGCUUUGGUGCACAUGGUAGGAGUUGGAAACCAACUUUUUUUUGGUAUGGGUUAGUGAAAUAAAAAAAUCUAAUCAGUCUUUGCCAGGUUCCUGGACAACUUGUCAUACAAGUAUAGAGCAAGCGCCACAAAAGAGGCUGAGUUGAACUUGUACAGCUGUUACGUGAUAAUACAGUAUACAGUUUAAUACGAGUGUAGACAAGAUAAAGUCAAUUACAAGAGCGUGUAUUGUCUGUGCCCUCGAUACUGCUUGCUUAAUCACAGCAAUCAGCAUUUGGGUUAUUGUGCAUAUUGACUGAUGCCUUUCAGGGAUCAGUUUCCCAAUCAGUCACCAGUUGCUCCGGAGUGCGCAAUGAUUAGUAACUAUCGGAGGUGAUUUUCCAGUUGCUCUGACUUAUCUAGCAUCCACUUUUUCUUCCCCUAUCAAAAUGUUUUGCUACUACCCAACAAACAGCUAACUGUGCAUACUGCAGUCAGACAUGCAGUACCUCAUGCUGUUCAGCGCCUUUGCAUUACAUUCUUUCCGUAACAUUGCCACUCCAAUAACCUAAAAUAAAUAAGAACAAACUUUUUUAUAUUGUAGGAGUGUGGAGAAACAGAAACAAUUGUUUGUGUAAGGAUAGUCCACAGAUUGAAGGCUGUUGCCAGCCAUUUGUUUAUGUACAUUAAAGUUUUGUUUUUUUAAAUAUUGGUUAUUAAAUUGGUGUCCAAGUUUUGCUGUCUCCUCUCUGUUGGGCACUGUUACUUGUACACAGCCCCCCAAUCAGAUUCUCUCAUCUUUAAAAAAAAUAAAA